AUGUACCAGGGAAAGCUGCAAGAUGGAAAAGAAAUUGCUGUAAAACGGCUUUCUAGCAGCUCUGGACAGGGCAAAGAGAAGUUUCUGAAUGAAAUAGUACUCAUCUCAAAACUACAACACAAAAACUUAGUCCGGGUUUUGGGAUACUGCAUCAAAGAAGAAGAGAGGAUAUUGAUUUAUGAGUUCAUGUUGAACAAAAGCCUUGAUACGUUUCUCUUUGAUUCAAGAAAAAAAGUUGAGAUUGACUGGCCUAAGAGAUUCAAUAUCAUCCAAGGUAUUGCACGUGGACUUCUCUAUCUCCACCGUGACUCACGCCUCAGAGUCAUUCACCGAGACCUGAAAGUGAGCAAUAUUCUUCUGGAUGAGAAGAUGAACCCAAAAAUAUCAGAUUUUGGACUAGCUCGGAUGUAUCAAGGAACCGAAUAUCUGGACAACACUCGCCGGGUUGUAGGAACUCUAGGAUAUAUGGCUCCUGAGUAUGCAUGGACCGGGGCGUUCUCUGAGAAAUCCGAUAUUUACAGCUUCGGAGUUCUGCUGUUAGAAUUCGUUAGCGGAGAGAAGAUCUCAAGAUUCAGCUACGACGGAAAAAACCUUCUUGCAUAUGCAUGGGAAUUUUGCUCUGAAAACAGAGGUACUGAUCUUCUGGACCAAGAUGUUGCCGAUUCAUGUCCCCCAUGUGAGGUUGGAAGGUGUGUUCAGAUUGGUCUUCUUUGUGUUCAACACCAACCUGCAGACAGGCCCAACACACUUGAGUUGCUGUCUAUGCUCACCACAACAUCAGAUCUCCCACCUCCAAAACAGCCCACAUUUGUAGUGCACACAAGAGAUGACCAAUCCAUGCCUAAUGCUUUGAUCACCGUCAAUGAGAUGACACAAUCUGUGUUCCUUGGGCGCUAA